AUGGAAUAUCCUCCGAACAACACAUUGUACAUUAAUAAUUUGAGUGAGAAAGUGAAGAAAAAUGAGCUACGCGAUUCUUUGAUUGCUGUUUUCAAGCAAUUCGGCGAGAUUAAAAGUGUGAUGUGUUUCCGAACAUUGAGAAUGCGAGGACAAGCUCAUGUGAUUUUCACAAAGCUCGAAUCAGCGCGAUCUGCCAAAGAUGCAUUGAAUGGUUUUCCUUUCUAUGAAAAACCAAUGGUAAAUUUUUCUACUGAACUGAAUUCGAGAAUUUUUGAAAUCAAUCAAUUAAUUCUUUCCAGCGCAUUCAAUUCGCCCGUGAAGAUUCAGACACAAUUGCCAAAGAAAAAGGAACCUAUAUCAAACGCGAACCGCAAUAUCUGCUAAACAAAGUUGUCAAAAAACCAAAGCGAAAUCGUCGGGAAGGAAAUGGCGAAGGACCCGCUCCACCGAACAAGAUUCUUUUUUGCACAAAUCUGCCGGAUACCGCCACAACAGAUAUGCUGGAAAUCCUUUUCAAUCAAUUUCAGGGUCUCAAAGAUAUUCGUAUGGUUCCAAAUCGUCCUGGUAUCGCUUUUGUUGAAUUCGACAGCGAUUCAUUGGCAAUUCCAGCGAGAUCGGCUCUUAAUAAUUUCAAAAUCACACCUGAUCAUAUAAUGCGCGUCGAUUAUGCUAAAAAAUAA